AUGAGCAUCAAGAGGAAGCGAGACGAAGCGACUGCCGGUCUAUCCGAUGUGGUCGCAAAGCCAGCAGCCGGGACGCGAGUCUUCGUAUCCGGCAAGGCAGUCAAGGAGGGGCUCAGCGCUGGGAACAGGCAGUCUCUGGUAGCCUUCCACCAGCAGAUCCUGACGCUGCACUCUGAGCUACCGCUGACCAUCUCCCAUCCGACGGUGGUGGUCAUCCAGCAUUACCUGGACCUUUCGCCGACGUGCGACGAGAUCUUUGGAACAUGGCAAGAGGGAGAGAAACGCCGGGACGAGAAGCUGGUUGAAGCUGCAAUCCACCUGCUAGCACAGAUUAUCCGGAUUCUGACGCCCUUGCCGUUCUUCCGGAAUCUGCUUAUUGGAAUCGUGGACAAGCUGCUGGCUCCACAAGAGCGAUACCAUGAUCAGCUUAGCAGAAUGGUCAACUCCGCCAACCGGGAGACAACGCUCGCCGGUCUCUCCCUGGCCGCUGCAGCGAUGCAGGUCGAUAAGCCUGACCCGUCCUGGAGCUCGUCAAACAGCUCAAGCGGGAGAUUGUCACUUCGUCUCUGGGCAGCACUGGUGGAAGGCGGUGUCGUGAAAAAUCUGGGGAAGCUGUUGAUUAUGCGGAAGAGGCGGAAGGACGGUACGGCGGACUAUGGCAGGAAAGACCCGCUCGACCGACCAGAUAUGCGUCAUCUGUGCCUCGAGAUCAUCUCCCCGCUCUUCUCCUCCCCCGCCUUCCACUCUCACACCCGCCAGAUCAUGAAGAACGUGUACAGCCAAUUCGAGCAAGAUCCUCCCAUCACCAUCCUCCGUCUCCUCAAUUCCCUCUGGGAGGCGAUCACCGCUCCAUCACCCGGCACAGGCCGAAAAGUCUCGCUAGCGCUCCUCGACGAGCGGGCCAUCGACGCCAUCGCCAGUCUUUUCUCCCGAGAAGAGAUGGAGCCGAGUACGGGCCGGACCGUCGCUGAGAUCGCCUCGUCCUUCCUUGAAGGUGUCACUACCGUUCCUGGACGGGGUGUCUGCUUUGUCGACGAAGGAUGGUAUCCUCGGCGACAGUCUGACAAUCCGGCAGCGGUACGGAUGAACGAGAUGGAUGAUGAUGAGCAGCAAAUGAAUGGGAAUAGGGAAGAUAGGAUUCGGAAGGGACUGCAUAAUCGGAUCUUGUCCAAUGUGGUCAGGAAGCUGGGAGGGAAGGUGGUGGACGAUAAUAGGAGGGUAGGGGAGUGGGCGGUCAAGCUUUUCCAAGCGUGUCCGGAGCUUGUAGCGGGGUACUGGCCAAACUCGGCACUCGCUAUCGAGCCCCGCCUCCACGCUCGGUGGAUGGCAACCAUGUCUUAUGUUGGCCACAUCGUUUCCCUUCCUCCCCCUUCACUCCUCACCUUCCGCCAACAGGUACCCCGCGGUACGGACCCCGACCUCGUCCCCUUCCGCCGCCUCCCGCCCGCUCUCGAGACCGUCGUCGAGUCUAUUCUCCCCUCCCCACUCACCAAAGCGCACAUGACCAAAGGCCUACAGCACGCCGACCACCUCGUGCAAUACAUGACCGCCAUCACUAUUGCUCGGUGCCUGCAAAAGCUGGCGGUCACGCAGGCUCUGUUUGCCCGGAUCGAAAAGGAAAUCGGGGACGAGCCCUCCACGUCCUCUGUCGUCUUCUCCGAGAACCCCUGGACGCGGCGCCGGAAAGAGCUCGAGAUGGAGUGCCGCAGGCGUCUGCCGGAGAUCCUCGUCAUCAUCUCUUAUGCUCAGAAAUCUGCCACACUCGCCCCGCCCGACGCGGAUGGAGAGGUCGAUCCCACCCUAUCCGCCAAAUCAGCCAUGCUGACCGAAUCGGCUUUGCGGCUGUUUAGGCUGUACCACUCGACGCUUCCCGUCGUUGCCCAAGACGCCAAGUUUGAUGUCGGGCGGCUGCUCGUGUCGUCCUCUUCGGUCAAGCAAGAACGGCGGGAGAGGAAGGAUGCGAAAGCGACGGCCAAGACGGGGUCGGUCGUAGAUGAGACGAGAGACGGGAUGAGUUCUGCAAUGUCGUCAGCGGGGACAGUGGGUACUGCGGGUAUGGGCGGAGGGUUCGGGUAUGCCAAGGGGAAUGUAGAGGGGUUUGAGGCAUUGAGUCAGGUACAUGUUCUGAAGCUCCUCGGCGCCGUCAAGGGGUGGCAGUGGACCAACAAGGCCUCCGCCUCGCAAUAUUCCUACUUCUACCAUAUACUCCAACUCCACCUGGCCAGCUCCAACCCCACCACCACACACCACUCUACCGCCCUUCUCCGGACCCUCCUCGUCGGGACGCCACUGUACGACCACGACCCCACAGAACUCUCCAUCCUCCUCUCGUCCCUGCCCCGCCUACCCGCCGAGUCCGGCGCAGCCGGUGUCAUCCAACAAGUCCACUUUCUGUCAUUUAUCGACGACUGCGUCCGCCGGUGUACCAAGCUGCCGUAUCGAUAUAUCGACGAAGUCCUCUCUCUCAUCCCCGACUACUUUUUGAUCGGGGACGAAACGAGCCUGCCCAGUCCGCUGCUCAUGACGAUCCUAGAGCAGUGGGUUGCCAAGGUCGGAGGACAGCACAUAUCGAGCGAGGCGGCCGGGGUGGUAGGGAGGGUCAUUAGGAGGUUGAUGCUGGGUAUUUUGGGGAAAAUGAGGGAUACAAAGUGGGUAGAGGCGUAUAUUGGCAAGAUGGAGGCGGUAUUGCAGAAGCUGAGAGCGGAGGGGAAGACGAAAGACGGACUGGAGGGGGUCGUGGCCGAUAUAAGGAAGGAUGUGCAGGCGGUGAAGGGGAUCAUCACGGAUGCGGUACAGCCAGAGACGCCACUGGCGGAAUUGCUGGAUGAAGCCGAGUGGCGCAACACAUCAUUCGAAUGGCGUCUCGUCCACGUCGGUGCGGACAGCAUCCUCCCCAUCGUCGAGUCCCUCAAGCCCGAGCUCGUUUCCGCCUCUGAAGGUAUUCUUGCGCGGUACGCGCGCUUCUCUGCGCUCCUUCUCGCUUCCCGCACAGCUGCGGACCGAUCUGCACUCCUCAGUCUUAUCCAGGCUGCGCUGUUGGCCAUGCCGAGCGGGAAACUACGGACCUGGGCGAAGGAUGCGGUGUUUAGCGGGUCGUGGAUGCAGCAGGCGUAUCUGAACGCUGCGGAUCAUUCUUGCCGAACAGAGCUCGAUAGUCUCGCUACGGUUCUGAAUGAGAAUUCAGCGGAGGAGAAGCCGAUUGCGGAGCCGUAUGUCCUCGAAUUAACCAAGGCGAUCAAUGGAGACAAGAAGGGAAAGCAUAUCCUCGACGCAUUGCACCUUUUCCACCCCUGGACACGCUUCCUCCAGCCCUCUCAAGCCGCCUCUACCCUCUCCAAGAUCGGGGCCCACCCCGACCGGCUCAUCGGCACGACCAAGAAGGGCAAGCCUAUCGAGGUGUCUGAACGGGUCAAGCUUGUCCUGGGACAAAUUGCUGUUCGGGCGGACGACCCCUCACUUGCUUUAUCGCACUUCGGGAUCUUCCUCGAUCUCGGUAUUCUGGAGCCGCUCGUCCUUCUUCUGGCGAAACAGCGGUCCGCGCGGGACAUCUCGACCCAGAGUGCCCUUCCUAUCAUUGAUCAGGCGGCUAUCGAGCGGCUCAUUAAGGCGGACACGGACGAGUCGAGCUCGCUCCUCCAGGCUUUGGUCCUCACGUAUCCAAGUAUCGCAUCGACGACCGCCGUCCUCCUCGCCGCGUCGCCGGAUCUACUCAAGCGGCAGUCGAGCCUUGUCGUCGUCGCUAGUCUGCUGGACAUCCCUUGUGGCUCCAGUGUCCUACAAGACGCCCAAGGAAUCGCUGAGACGGCCAUCUCGGCGAUCUCUAGCUCGAGCGCAGCGGGGACGGUCCAAGCAGCGAUCGAUAUCCUCGUCUACCUCUCGAAGGACCAGGUCGGGGUGGUCAAUACGGCUCUAGAGGCCUUGGCCGAGUUCAGCCCGUCCGUCGGGAAGCUGCUCGAGCGGCUCUCGGCCGUUCCUACGCCCGCGUACGAGCAGGGUCUCCGCCUAGGCGGGAUCUGGGGCAUGGCUCUGAGGUAUGCUGUAAGGGUGUGCUCUGAUCUGGCGCCGAUCUCGGCGGAUCAGAUUGAAAUUAUGCAGAGUCUGGUGAGGAGUUUGAAGAUCGGCAAGAAGGUGGAUAAGGAUCUGGACGUUAUGCUGGUCGAGCCGGUCAUGACUGCUAUCAUGCAGGACCGGCUUGAUGAGGCUGUUCCGCUCCAGUUGGCUUUGGCCCUGGUGGACCGGUGCGAAAUCAGGGCCAGCUUUAUUCGUCAACAUCUCCAACUCCUCAUGUCCUCGACGACCUACACCGCCCUCUCCCGCCCGUCCUCGACCGCAGCAGACCGACUCCCCUUUAUCCGUCUCUACUCGGCCCUCUUCCACGCGUCCACCUACACUUCGUGUCAGCCACCAUUCAUCGAGCCCCUUGUACCCCUCUACAGAGGUACCAUAGCGCUCUCCGACCGCCUCGUACUCGGUAUGUGGCGGACUUUCGAGUCCAUCCGACACAUCUCGACCUCCUCUAUCCUCCUGCACUGGUCCCCGUCCGGCUCGCCUUCCAGUCGCGCCUUUGACGGGAUCACGUCCCUCGACUCGGCCCGGGUCCUCGCUAGCUGCGUCGCCUUCCCGCUUCGCCGCAAGAUCGCUCCAGUCGGCGGAGAGGAAGCCGAGGGCAAAGAGGCAGAUGAGAAGGUGUAUGAUCCGGUGUUUGUCUUGUCGUUGUUGGCGGCCAUGAUGAGUGACGAGACGAUGACGGGUCUGGACUGGGUGGAGGUCUUGCGCUCGAAUACGCUCGGUGUGGCGUUUUGCGCAUUGUCCAGUCGGGAUGAAGGGAUGAGGGAUCUGGCGGGAUACUGUCUUGCCCAGACUAUCGAUAUCAUCAAGGACAAACCGUUCCACGAACGAGACCAGCUCCUCCAUACCCUCCUCCUCCUGCGUCACGCACUCAUCCCCCACCCUUCUCAACCAGGCAUCACACCCCGCCUCCCCGCCCUCCCCACCCUUUUCCUCGCGCACGUCCUACACGCCCAAUCGCAGCCCUCGCACUUUCUCUACCCGCUCACUUCGCGCUUCCUCUUCCAGCGCCCGGUGUUUGAUGCGUGGGACCUCCCGAUGUUGUACACGUUGUUGUUGGGGGAUCGGGGCGAGAAGAAGGGGGAGAUGGGGAUGGUGCAGGAAGUGAAGCGGGACAGAGGGUGGAUUGUGCGGUUGAUCAGGGAUGGGACGAGGACUGAGGCGGACUGGACGUUGUUGAAGAAACGACAUGUCUGGGAGUACCUCUCGGAUAUGUUCCAUAUCAGCGUGGAUAUCCCCUUCCGCCGAUUGAUCCUUCAGGCAAUGGAAAGUAUGGUGCAGAUCCCCCAAGCCGCGCGGUCCCUCGUACACCGAAACCACCUCAUUACGUGGUGCUGGCUCCAGCUACAGACAAGCCUGCUUAGCCCUCCGAGGAACGCAGCGGAAGAGCGCGGGAGGUUGGUCGGUCUUGUGGAGGGGUGCGUGAAGGCUUGUGUAGAGGGCGAGGCGCAGAAAAGGCAGGGGGACGCCGCGGCUGGCGCGAAGGCGAAUGUAAUCGCGGCGGGCGGGCCGGAUGCGGUCAAUGGGCUGAAUGGAGGAGAAGAGGGCUCGGAGGGCGAUGAUGAGGCGGACAAAGGUGCACAGCGGAAGGGCGGACACCAGGGCAAGGCGGCGUAUGAGGCCUUGAGGGAGCACAAGGAAAGGGACGAUUGGCUUGUCCGGACUGAGCGCUUCGUGUGUCUCGCAGCAGAGACAGCAGAUCUAAAUCGCCUCAUCCCGCUCUCCCGCAUCGCACACCUCAUCUCCACCCUCUCGCCCACAUCAACCUCCAUCCUCCUCCCUGCGCUCGUCGAUCGCCUGGUCCUCCUUACGACAUCUACGUCUUCAACCAAUCCUAUCUCGGCGAUCACCGCCACCACCGCAGAUCUCGACCAAGUCAAGGAAGACACCAUCGUCCAGAAUCUCUUUUCUGCCGGUCUUGGACUCGGCGGGCCGGAGGGCGUCAAGGUCGAGAUGGGCGUAGAUGUCAUCAAGGCCAAGAAGGCGGUGGAGGAGCUGGGGUACAGGGCGGGGAUGAUCAGUGGGGAUUUGGGCGAGUGGGUAGGACGGGAGAAGAGGCGGUAUGCGUGGGAUCAGUGGAAGAGGGGUCAGUAG